UAAAAAAAUGUGGAAUUGGUCAGAUAACUCAGAUUUCGGUAUGGUUCACAAAAAUGCCAUUCCUCAGCCAAAAUAUUUUCAAACUCCUGCUUGAUAUGUACUCCGUCUUUUAAUAAAACUCAUGAGCGAACACUGGACCUCCAGAUGGCCGGGUUUGAUGAGAAUGAAGCGGAGGCGAUCGCUUCAAAUUGGGUCCAAAAUCUACGAUUUCGAUUCGCCAGGAUGGGACUGAACUACCAGAGUGAGCCAAAAGAAUUUGAAAAAAGCGACGAUAAUGUUGUCCUUCAGGCGAAUAGAAGCAUUAAGGAAGUUAAAGAUAGGAGUAUAAUUGAUAAAAAAGCUUCAACAGGAAAAAACAAGGCUGUUUCAUCCGACUUAAAGUGGCAAAAAAUUGAUGUUUUAAAAGGUGAUGAAACAGGGCAGCCCGGAGAUAUCUCGGUGGAAAAUCUCACCUCAUCUGCAUCUGAUCAGGAGUUAACUACCACGAGAAGUGAGAAAAGUCUAGUUAAUCUCGAAAGUCUUCGAGAGAAACGACUUAACUUUUUUCAUGAUAAAAACAGCAGAAAAACAACUUUUGAUAACGAUACUGAUGAGGGACGAUUAGCCAGCUCUCCAAAGUUGCAAAAGGCAUCAUAUAAAAGUUGUGAAUUUCAGAAUGGUCAGUGUUAUGGAGAAUUAAAAGGUGCAGACAAAUUGAAUGAAUGCAACAAAUUUCAUGUUCCCAAUGAACCUGCUCACCUUAAUGGACCCCAUCGAUAUCCACUGAUCACUUCUGAAACCCAGAGAAGUUUGCCAAAGACUUCUAUAGGCUGCGAUGAUGUGGUCAAUGGAAUAGUUUUUCCAGAGAAAAGAAAGACUGAGUCAAAUGAAGUGCCAUCGUUAUUUCCAAUUGAAUUAGAUGAUGAAAUGGAUGAUAAUACCCAUCAUGAAACAGUGAAUGGACUCAUUUGUGAUAGCGAUUCUGAUUCGGAUUUUACAUUAGACCACCCUAUUUCGAGACAUACCAGCCUACGUGUUGAAGAUAAUCCGAUAUGGGAACGUCUGCUCCGAAAUUCUCAAACAUUGUCUUCUUUGGCUCAAUCUGUUUCACCACCAGCACCACAGAUAACUGGUGCUCUGUACCAUGAGUUUGCAUAUAGUGAUGAAGAGUUGGAUUUAAAACCUUCACAGACUGUUACAAUGAGUUACAAUCAAGAGGGUAGCAAAGCUCGACAAAGACCAAGAUCUUUGUCUCAUCCAAGCACUGCUUGGGAUUGUUCAGAAAGAUGUGACUCACCUAAUUCAUGUUGUCAUGAAAUUUGUAAUGAAAGUGUUGAUGUUGUGUGUAAUGUUGUGACUAAAAACAAUUUUGUUGAUGUGGAAAUUAGUUAUGGUUCUAGUGAUGAGGAAGAUUCCAUGCCUAAAGGCUUGUCAAGACAUGAUAAACUGAUCUACACUUUAAAGAAAAGUUCCAACCAUCAUUCUCUGAUAAAUUCAACCAUUGAUAAAGACCCUGAAUAUUCAAGAAUGCCACAAAAUAAUUGGAUGGAAAAGGCAGUGAAAACAUCUGAACAUUCUUCCCUUUUGAGUUCACCAAAUUCUGGUUUAAAUGGUGUGAAAAGACAGUAUGCAAGUAUUGUUUGUUUGGAAUGUAAUAAGAUUAACCACAAUGGAUUGAAUUGGUGCUCAGAAUGCGGAACAACUUUGGGGUCCACAAAACCCGUAAGCAGUAUGGCAAUUGAUUUAUCUAGCAAGCCAGAGAGAUGUGAAGAUACUUUACCAAUUCCAAAGACUCAAAAACUAGCAGAGUCUGACAAAGCAGAUGCAAUAGAACUGUCUCCGUUGGAAAGAGAAUCUGUUUUGAAACCAAAGAGUAAUUUGGGCUCCCAAAAUGCGAAAACAGUCAAGAAUAAACCCAAGCAAAAUGGCCGUCGUUGGGAGAAAUCAAACUUAUCAUGGAGCACAUACCAGGAUAAUCAUCUUUCUAAGCCACCUAGUACAAAAAAAAUAAAAAAUCACCAGAAAAAAAGUAGUGUUGAUCAGGAUAACACAGAUGGUUUUAGGCCAAGAUCCACUUCUUGUAAAAACCCUGGAAAGGCACAUAUGAAAGCAGAAGAUGGUGGACCAGGAAGCUUACCAAGAUCCUACAAAUUUCGUGAGUUUAAAAACAGAAAAGGAAACUCAUUAGAUCAUGGGGUUGGAAAUUUGACCUUGAAAGGAGUGAAAGCAAAAACAAAAAAAAUAACAGCUGCAUCCAGGGUUUCAGAUGAAAAAUAUGGGGAAAUUAAUGCAAUGAUCAGAAAAAACCACGAACAUGAGCCACCAUUUUUGAUGUAUCUUCCGGAGGAGAUCAUUUUACAAAUAUUUGGACAUCUUUCCCAUGGUGAUCUGGCAAGAUGUUCUUGUGUUUGUCGACAAUUGGAACGAAUAUCCCAGGAUGAGAAAUUAUGGAGAACGAUAGUGCUGGAACGAAAGCAGAAUAUCAGUGAUGAGUUUUUAGAAAAGAUUGGUGCGAAGAGACCAGUCAGUCUAAGUUUAAUCAAAUGUCAUGGGAACCAUGUGACCUCCGGUGGCUUGCGUGAGCUGUUUAGACGUUGCGCUGAUAAUUUGGAGGAACUGAAUUUUAUUGGAUGCAAUGGUGGUCAACUGAUUGGCGAGUCAAUACUUCUUCACGUCGCUUUGCGUUGUAAUAAUCUGCGGUCAGUGGACGCGAGCUGGAGUAAUGUCGGAGACAAUGGUGUUGAAGCUUUGGUGCAGAAUGUUGAAAGGCUGGAGAGUUUGUGCCUGAAUGGCUGCCAGGCUAUAACUGAUCAUUCCUUAAAGGUAGUCGCGGACAAACUUGGCGACAGUCUAAAAACGUUUGAGAUCUUUGGUUGCUUCAACGUGUCUGCAGCAGCUAUAAAAAGACUUGGUCAGAAAUGUCCAAAACUGGAAACAUUAAACCUAGGGCAGUGUUAUAAGAUAACAAGCGCUGAUAUUGGUAGGUUAGUUUCUCAUCUGGAGUCAAUAGUAAACCUUGAUUUACGAGGCUGUAAACAGGCCCGAGAUGCCUGUGUGAAAACGAUUGUGAAACAUUGUCCGAAAUUAGUUAAUUUGGUUCUAGCUAAUUGUCCACUAAUUACCGACGUUGCUAUGUCUGAAAUUGCUACGAAUUUGUCGGCAGUGAGGUGUCUUGAUGUGUGCGGUUGUGUGAAAGUUACUGACCAUGGCGUGAAAGCGUUGGCUCGUUCGUGUAGUCGAUUGAAUUCUCUGGAUUUAAGUUCCACCAGCAUCACGAAGAAAAGCGUUAUGUUACUUGCAAAUUACUGCAGUCAAAAUCUUCAAUCGUUGAAGCUGAGCUUUUGUGUGGAUGUUACGGAUGACAGCGUGUCGCGUCUUGUAAAACACUGUAAGAGAAUGAAGAUACUUCAUUUGUACGGUUGCAAACGACUACGAAACUUGAAUGCUCUUCAGGCCUUGAAUCAGUCUCUGAAAUUGGAAUUUUAAAUGUUUUGGUCCGUGAGAAACAAGUUGGUCGGUGUGGAUGUGUUUUGAUGUUUGAGGUUAGAGAAACCUUUGGAGUUUGGAUAGGAAACAAUGGUGCGAAGCUGAUAAUGUGAAAAAAUUAUUAAAUAAUUUAAUUAUACCAGCCUUCGUAUGAUUUAAUCGCUGGUUCACGCCUGUCAGCUGUCCAGCUUGCCAGUGUGUGUAUGGAGGUCAGUGAUUUUUUACCCAGUACCCAAUGGUGUAGCUUUGUGUAGACAUAAUUGAAAUAAAUUGUUCUUCGGUGCUGUAAUAAAUGAAUUCACGCUGUGUAGUGGGAAAUUCAAAUAAAAU